UGCGUCCUCUCUGACAUGCUGUCUCCGACCAAAUCAUGGCCUAAUCUUGACAAAAACAACGUCUUUCCGAGCCCUCCCGGCCCAUCGAUCCUGCACACACGCAGUAUCCCAUGAGGCUCCUUGCCUUUCUUCCUCCUCUGGCUAGCGAGGUUGCUCCACGUUCCAUGUUGCCUUCUUCUCGCCUCCUCCCUCUCCCUUCACGUGUCACGCCGCUCGCAACAACCACGAUCUAGCUAGUCGGUUCUUCCUCCCUGCAGUGUGCGUCUUGGCUUUCUUGGAAGGUUUCUUGAGGCAUGACAUUGGAGGCCGUGGUGUUCUCUCAAGGACUCUUUGGCUGCUGGGCCAAGGUGCCUCCAGGAGGAGGUGGAGGAUGGAGCUUGGGCCAUGGGCAUGGCGGCGCUAUGGAGGGGAUGAUGAACUUGGAAAGGGGCAGCGCCGCCGCCUACUGGGACGUGGGCGCAAGCUCCUCCAUGAUGAUGCAAGGGGCUGAGGAGCCGGCCAGCGGCUCUGCCGCGCCGCCGCCGGAGCACGGCGGUGGCGGUGGGAAUGCAGCAGCUGGUACCGACUUUCCACAAGAGGGAGCUGCGGCGGCGGCGAUGUCGCCGCUGCCGGUGGGGAGGAGGAAGCGGCGCAGGGCGAGGAGCGUCAAGAACAUGGAGGAGGUGGAGAGCCAGCGGAUGACCCACAUCGCCGUCGAGCGCAACCGCCGCAAGCAAAUGAACGAGUACCUCGCCGUGCUCCGCUCCCUCAUGCCGCCGUCCUACGUGCAAAGGUGUGACCAGGCGUCCAUAAUUGGCGGCGCAAUCAACUACGUCAAGGAGCUCGAGCAGCUGCUCCAGUCCCUGGAGGCGCGGAAACACGCCCACAACCGGCCCCCCGGCGCUAGCGACGCUGCGGCGCCCUUCGCCGGCUUCUUCACCUUUCCGCAGUACUCCAUGAGCGCCGGUGCCCGUUCCACCACCACAGCAAACGCGUACCCUGCAGACGACGACGGCAAUGACAAUGCGGACGGCGACGACGCUUCGGGCUCGAGGCAAUCGUCGGUGGCGGACAUCGAGGUGACCAUGGUGGAGAGCCACGCCAACCUGAAAUUGCUGUCCCGGCGGCGGCCGAGGCAGCUGCUGCGAGUGGUCGCCGGGCUGCAGGGCAACCGGCUCACCGUACUGCACCUCAACGUGACUAGCGCCGGCCAGAUGGCCCUCUACUCUCUUGGCCUCAAGGUGGAAGACGACUGCGCGCUCUCGUCGGUGGACGACAUCGCAGCGGCGGUCCACCGCAUCGUCGAGGCCAUCGAGCACGAGGAGGAAGAGCAGGGCGGCAGCGAGCUGAGAUCAGAGACCGAAUGCAACAGUGCAUGCAUGUAAUAAAAUUGUACUGCUAGUAAGCUUUGAUGUUUGAACCGAUUUAUGCGUCUAGUACAAUCUGAUUUCUGGAUUUGUUCUAGAAUAUGUGAUCGUACGGCAUCGUAGGCAGGACGUAGUACACGCAUUGAUUGUGUGCAGCGACGAGCUCGGCUCUGUAGCAUCCAAUGCGAGUAGCGAUGG